AUGACGCAGCCUCUGACCCAGUUCUGGCCCAUCUUCGCCGUAAAGUCGGACGGCCACGACAUCGUCAGCCAGAAAGGCCGGCCGCUGAGGAAUGGACCGACCGAAGCACAGCUCGACCGCACUCCAAACGAGCAGGGACAAUGCGACUUCUACCGCCUCAUAGAGAAAGACGACCCCAAGCACAUUGAUUGGCGGAAGAAGCUGGGCGGCAUGUUGCUGCGCGAGAUUGGGGGCAAGCAGCGCAAACCAUGUGCUGGGCUGACCGAAGCAGACAAGUGGCAGCAAACCAUCCUGUGGGAUUUUCCCGAGAACUACAAGCUCUACGAGCACAUCAAGACCAAGGCCGACGGUCAGGCAAAGACGGUUAAGAACCACUCUGGCGGCGGCCACGACAGGCAGGAUGCCUACCUCUACGGCUACCCGAAGGGCCCUCGAAAGCGGUACAGGAGUCCCGCGGAUUUCUUCCCCCACUUGCUGUGGCUCUGCACCGACGAGAACAGCGACUAUCAGAAUUGCACGUGCAAGAUGUGCUCGGUCGUACAGCUCGACGAGGAGAGGCCGGUGGUCAAGGCAGAAAUCAAGACUGAGCCCUCGACGAUGAUGAAGAGAGAGACCAGCCAGCCCGCGCAUGUACAGGGUCCCGUUGCGAAUCGCAAUCCAGUCGUCGCUGCACCUGCACCAGCCCGAAGAUCCGUCUCCGGUCCGCCUACCCAGAGCCCCAGCCUGAAGCCAGCAACACCAGCUACCCUCCCUCCACAGACGAACAACACACCCCAGAUCCGAGCACCAGCCAUACAGCAGUCCACUCAACUUCCACAGCCCCGCGGAGGCGAGCAGCUCACCGAUAGUCGCUACGGCCAGUUUCUGUGUCGUACCGGCGAGGUGGUGUGGUUCUACCGCCCAAAGACAUCGGCCUGGGGCCUUGGACUCGUGUUGCGGAGGUGGGCCGUCAAGGAAGGCUCGGGCGGCAAAGCAUAUCAGGUUCAGCCACUGUCACAUCCUUUCGACUCCGCGACUCCUGAGGUCGUCACAACAGACCAGCACCUCAAGCCCUGGCUCGCCUGGUCUGCGCCCGCUUGCACCUACCCAUAUCUUCAGCAAAACCCACAGCUCCGGUACGACCAAGUCGACUGGAGCGCAUCUACUGCUGCCGGCCGAUUUGGUGAUGGCGUUGCAGACGUCGAUGCCUCAAUCAUGGCAGCCAAGGCCAUCGACACCACCUACACCCUCUCCGAGCGCAUCAAGACGGCCUCAAUCCCCUCAGGCGAAGAGCGCCACUACAACUGCAUCUACCUCGGCGCUGAGAAAAUCUGGCGCGGCGACCCUGUCCGAAUCCGCCUGGGCCAAACCGGCACCGACCUCAUGGUUGUCACCGACAUCCUCGAGCGUGUCACCACCACCGGCCCGCAAUCAACCUCCCAAAUCAUCAUGACCGGCGAUAUCUACAGCUACUCUAUCCUCUCCGCGCCCGAUCCAAACAACCUCCCCAUCCCGCCUUCCUCCUCAAACCCCAACAUCCCCAUCCGCAUGCGCGAAGACAUGGCCUGGCGCAACCGCAUGCUCGUCCCCAUGACCCAAACCCUCGGCUGGUGGCGCCUCCUCGCAUCUUCCUCGCGCGUCGAAAUCGCAGACGUCAAGGGCCGAUGGUACGAGACUAGUCUGCUGUUUGAAGAAUCGUUCGGCAAGGCUGUCAAGAACGGCGAGGGCGGGAACGGCAUCUGGAUGAAUGCCCGCGGCGACGCAACAGGCGUGGUUGCGUUUGGCAAUGCUUUGCCCAAGGGUACGAGGCUGAUCGAGGGCCUUGAACCGCCCAACGCGCAGAACGUGCCGACGACCGAUAUGCAGGGCCUGGACAUCGGAAUCGGCAACAGCGCCGCGGAUCCGUUUUCAAUCGACGACUUCAUGAAUGUUGAGCAUCUUGAUGACGGGAGUGGGGUGGACUUUGGUCACAGUUUCCAGUUCUGA